CACCACCUACAGUGUUUGAGGAUACAAUUUUCCUCAAAGCGUUAUUAUAUUAUAUUGUAGAUUUAGAGAAAAACUAUAGACAAAGAAAAAUGUUACGAAACCAAAGAUCAUCUUGCAAAUGCCUGUCAAAGUGCUUGAACUAUCAGAAACAGUUUAUUCACCUGCAACAACAUGGACUACAAAAUAAAAACUCUGCCAAUAUAUUUCGGCAAGGCAAAAUUAUGGGCAAAUUAUUUGGUAAUCGUGUGACUGGUAGCAAAAAACGUUGGUUUCCCGUCUCAGACACAUCAGUUAAUGUUAUCUUCAAACAGUCGCCGUUUGGUGCUAAGACACCCACUACUGGCGGUGGCGGAAAAAAUGAUUCACGCCGCAUGACUGUGCUGAAUAAGUUAUUUAUGACCCACAUAACGGAUUUACUAGCCACAGGGGAAAUAUCUGAGAAAGUUCUAGGCAAAGGAUUGCAAGUUUCGCGAGUUAAAAUCUCUCAAGAUUUUGCUUAUGUCAAUGUUUAUUGGCUAACAACCGGUGAUGUGGGCAAUGAUGCAUUGCUAGAGCAGGAACUUCACCGUUGUGCCGGAUUGUUAAGGCAUGAACUAUCACAAUUGGACUUAAUGGGUGUAGUACCUCGCAUAAAGUUUGUAAAAGAUAAAAUGAUGUCGAAUAUUAACCAAGUGGAGGCAUUGCUGAGAAAUAUGGAUUUUGGGCCUGACGAAGAAAAUGCCAAGGAAGUGGAAGAGUAUUUAAAAAAUGCCACAAAUGUUGUCAAAAACGAAUUUUAUGGUAAUAAGCCGGAGACAACAUACAUAGAGACUGUUGCCCAGCUGAAGAGUGUUGAACAAGAAACAAAGAAGGAAAAAUUGGCCUCAAGUAUAAACACUAAAGUGCCAGAAAUGCGCCAUGAUGUCUUAGGUUUGGAUCAUAAGGGCAUAAUGUUAAAAAUAUUGACCAAAAUGCGAAAGUCUAAACAAGCUUGGGAACAACAUGAACAACAAACUAGGAAUAACUCGCAACUCAAUGCAGAACUAGCAACGCCAACAACACCAACUACGUCAACCACAACGGUUGGUGAUUUAAAUAAAAUAAAUAGUAAACUAUUAAAAGCGGCUGAAAAUGCAGAAAAAUUUGAAGCCUUCUUGGCAAAAAGACGAGAGCGUAAAAACACACCCGAACGUAAGAAAUAUCGUGUCUCCGAUCAUGCCAUUGAUGGAGUCAUGGAUGAAUUCAAGGAUGACAACAUAUUGUCUAGCCGGCAGCGCCAGUUAUAUGAAUCGGAGGAUUAUUUAUACGAAGAUGUAGAGGAUAAAAAAUAAAAGUUUGGAACUCUUAUUUCAAUGACUUGCACUGGUUGUUAAUAUUAUAUAAAUCGUUAUAAGUAAUAUUUAAAUAAAGUAUUCGAAAACUGUUGGAAGAGUACAAACUACCAAAAAGUA